AAGAAAGAAUACCGCGAAUUAAGAGAAAAUGUUCCCGCGUUACGGAUGGACUAAAGGAUUCUGAUUUAUUGCAUUUCUGGGUGACGGUUUGUUUGUGUCGGUUUGGAACUUCGGAGCUUGGUUUUGAAGUGAAAGCGCGGGCACUGAAAAGUCUUCGAUAAGAUUUAUUCAUUUAUAUAUUUUGUUGUUUUUUCGAUAAAACUUCUACUUAUUGGUUUAAUUCCGACAUUUUUUAUUACCUACAAAUUGUUCGUGUGAUUUAUGUGUUUCAUUAAAUUAAAUUAACAAUCAUAUUGUUUGCCGUAGUGCUAAAAGAGAAUAAACCAAACAAUAUUUUUUUCAAAAUCAUCUGAUGUGGAAUUUUAAUUGAAAUUUUAUCAUAGCCGAUGAGCCAAACGAUAUUUUCUACCAAGUGAAAAAUUAUCGUCUGCUUUAAAAAAAAAAAAAAAAAAGUGGAAUCGAUAUAAAUAGAUAUUAUCGAGAUUGUAACAAUGUGAUUACCGACAAAUUUGCAUCAAAUUGAAAUGAAGUAAUGAUUUGUUAUAAGAAGAACUUAUAGAGCAAUUAAUUUCAAUUCGGAAUCAUAAUCAUUAUCAUGAGCAGUGCUCAUAUACCUACAUUUCCAGCAUUCCUGCAGAUUAAUAAAAUUUAUUUUUAAAUUAAAUAUUAUGCAAUAAAAUAAAUGGAUUCAGUCUUGUACAGCUGGCUAGCAGCUGCGGCUGUUGCCCCCUUUGUGGUCAUUCUAUCAUGCUGGACACUUGCAGUUUUUCGAAGUUACAGACCGGACUGGAGACUUCUGGAUAUUUUUCUUUAUGCUUUGGUCUGUAUGGAAGUAGCUUCGGCUCUUUUUAGCUUCGGAUAUUCGAUACUUGAAGCUAUUCGUCCAGCUCUGGAAGCCCCCUGUCGGUUCAUUAUAUGGGGACUGACGGCAACACGUGUUUUUCACUUAUCUGCUGUGACAUCUUUGCUGCUGGACAGGGCACUCGCGUCAAAGUGGCCAAAUACCUACAGAUCGAGUGUUCGACACAGCCAGGUGAGGUAUCACGUGAUCGUGCUGGCCAUCAUCUCCAUCUUCGUGGGGGUGACCUCAGUGUUCGCUCGUCUGCCAUCUGCCGCGAACACCUGCUCUCUGCACCCCCUCGACUGGGAUAUUAAAUUCUCAGCAUUCCUCAGCUGCGUCUAUGCCCUACUCCUGAUCACAGGCUUCGGAUGCUGCUUUGCCGUCCAGGCUGGACGUUUUCGUUCCAGAAGCAGCUACCGGACGUCCUGUUCCAGGAACUCAGGAACCACCAACAGCAGCGGCUCCUGCGACGAAACUAGAGACUUGGAAUGGGCGGUUGUGGCCAGCAUUUGCUGGUUGUCCUAUAUGGUCAACCAUGGCCCCUACCUUGUCUUGACGACACUUGGAAUGGCUGUGCCUACCUUCUGGUCCGCAUGGCUGGAUAACAGUGUGGUAUGGCUACGGCUUGUUCAGGGUCUGAUGGUGCCGUGUGUGCUGCUUCUGGCUGAUAUGCCUCACAGAAGUGCUCUCAGAAAUAUGCUCAGACAGUCGGGGCGUAUUUACAGGCAUCUUUCAGAUCAUGGUGGAUUCCGAAUGCAAAUUGGCGAAAACACUAAAGCUGGAUUCCCUCCUUUUGCUCCCUAUCAUAUUCCUCCUUUCCCCCAGCGAUUAAGAUGGAGCCCUGCCAACCUGCCCAGCCUGCAGUCCCUGCAGCCUUUGGACGUGGAUUCUCUUCGAAAAGGUUACGGAAGCGCGGGGUACACGACCUUACUCAGCCUUCCCUCUUCCACCACAUCUUUCUCAAGUCCUUUCUCGUCCUGCUCUUCAGCUGGUCAGUCUUUCAACUCCGUCACCACGAAUGCCGUCAACGAUUUUGUAUUUCGUAGACCCUCCGUUCUCGCUCUCUUUGAACCUUCCAGAACACAGCAAGAGGGUAGACGCUGCGACACGCCAACACCUUUCGCAGAAAGUCUGGAUACGGAUGGAAGUGUCUGCAACUGCAGUUUGGUGACAGAGCAGGAACCGUCAGAAACAAUCAGCAAGAACAUGAUCAAUAUCAUUCUAGCCUAUGAGAAUCCAUCCUCGGUUGCUAGAGAUGACGUGGUGACAUCAGAAAGUAAUGAGCCAAUGGAGGAGUCUUUUGAGGACAGGUCUACUUCUUCAGAGUCAUCAGAUGCUGAUAGUGUUCAGAGCGUGAUUAUUCGUCAGAGGGUGGAUCAAAGAGGGCGAGUGGCUGCCAGCGACAUUAGUAGAGUGGAAAAGAAGCUCUUCAGGUGUGAUAAGGAUUCAGAAACAGAUGCGAGCUCCGAUAAUGUGAUUUCUGAGCAAAGAGUAAUUUACUCAGAAUACUUGUGAUUUUAUUCCAUUUUUCGAACACUAUAACAAUGAAAAAUUGUCCAUCAGAGAUGUUCAUACACAUCUUGAUGCUGAAUACGAAAAGAUCUUGGAGCUGUUUGAAGUUGAAUAUGGAUUUGAUACUACCAUUAUAAAACAGCAAAAUGAGAAGAAGUGGUCUUUAUUUGUGAAUGUAGUCUUCAGAUUAUUGGUUCACUUUGAAUAAAGAAAAUUAUUCAUCUGACCAUGACUCUGCUAAUGAAUAAGGAGUUAAUGCUAUUUUGUGCAGAGGUACUUACAUUAGGUGAAUUAGAAGAUAUUAAAGGCUGUGUACAAUAAAAUCUUGAACUGAAUAGUCUUGCCUUAAAUUUCAUUUUACAGGGUAUGAGAAUAUAAAACGAUCAAAUAAUUAUGUGAUUUAUACUAGAAAACAAAUCUCUGGCUGAAACAGAUUUUAAAUUGUUCGUAGAAAACUUUCUUUCGCAAAAAAAGAAUAAAGAAUGUUCAGAUUACAGUUAGAACUUUGCACAAGAAUACUAUCAUGAACUCUCUAAGAUUUAACCUGACCAUAUAUGUUCAGUCCCCAUCUCAGUUAGGGAGCCAAAUUGCCAUUGAUUUUCGUGAUGUUUGCCAUGUUUUCUUAUUGGACACAGUGGCACUGAAAAGAAUUAUAGUGCUCUAUCGUCAUAUUAAGUUUUGUAAUGAAUGCAAUAAUAUUUUGCCUCCACGGAGCUCUUUGUUUCUCAGAUUGGUGUCAAGUGCAUUUAUUGCUCUUUAUUUUCCUUCCAAGUCGUUACAUAGUUUGGACAUUUAAAAAGAUUGAAGAAAGAAUAAAAUAUUCUAUGUUAAGAUUUUUUUUAUCUUUAUUUCUUUUUAAGAAUUAUUCUUUAUUUGGACUUAUUCUUAAUUAUUCUCUCACUCGAUGAAGAUGUUGGAUUAAAGUAUUUAUUAUCUUUGCAUUUGUUUAAAUAAUCCUAAGAUCUUUGAGAUUGAGUGAAAAUAAGAUGUUAAAAAAUAUUAAAUGUUUUUUCUUCUUUGUUGCCCGAUGGAAGCAAGUUCACAAUUUUUGAAAUAUCUUUUAAAAUGUUACCUUUCUUUUUUGUUUACAUAAUAAAGAA